CUGCAUGAUAUGCAUCAUAGCCAACAUGGCUGCUUUCGUAUCUCACAAGAUCGAAGUGACUAUAUUUGUCUUGAAAAAACAAGAUGAUUUUCCAGUGAGUUGUCACGGCGAGUAAACGUCCUGCUUGAUAGUUAAGUUGCACGAGCAGCAGGAUUCGUCAGGAUUCACUGCGAUCCACCAAAGAGAUCCUGCAUAAAUUAUAUUAAUAUUAUUAAAAAGCACAGCUUAAGAUGGUGAAGUUAUAUGCAUUGACUGUUCUGUUUAAAAGUCCUACAUCGGCAACAACAUUGAAAGCUGCUUACGAUGUAGAGUCAUUUUCAUUUUUUCAAAGAAACAGUAUUAAAGAAUUUAUGUGUUUUGUCAGUAAAACUAUUGUGGAAAGAACACAGACGUGUGCUAGACAGAGUGUCAAAGAAGGAGAAUACAUGUGCCAUGUAUAUGUGCGCGCCGAUAAUCUUGCCGCAGUACUCAUCUCGGAUCACGAAUACCCCAGGAGAGUGGCGCAUACUUUGAUCACGAAGGUGAUGGAUGAGUUCGCGGUGAAAAAUUCGCCAUCAUCAUGGCCUUCACUCAAAGAGGCUACUGCUGACUUUCCACAGAUCAACACGUAUCUAGCCAAGUAUCAGAAUCCACUCGAAGCUGAUGCGCUCACGAAAAUGCAGAAUGAUCUGGAUGAGACAAAAAUUAUUUUGCACAAUACCUUAGAGGCAGUACUACAGAGGGGGGAGAAAUUAGAUGAUCUAGUCUCCAAGUCAGAGGGACUCAGCGCUCAGUCAAAGGCGUUUUACAAGACUGCGCGGAAAACCAAUUCCUGCUGUAGUUUAGCUCCUUAGGACGUAUGUUUCUUUAACUUCAGCGAUCUUCACCGCUUCGGUAUUUCGAUAAAUGUGACUUUAUAAUCUUCGCGAUAUAGAAGCGUAAAUAUUUAUAUGACUCGCGGAAAGAAUGAUACACGGGAGGAAGGAGGAAAGGUUUAGCUAAUAAAUGAAAAGAUAUAAUGGGAAAGAAAUGAUUUAAUUCUUUCGAUGGAAUGUAAUUUGUUGAAUUUCUAGUUAAAUAACAGGCAAAAAAAGCAAACCACUGCCGGUUUCCUCCCAUUUAAAUGAAAUUUUUUAUAUGGAUGUUAUAUACGCCUGUAGAAUUUGUCUACUUGCGAGAAACGGUCCUAAACAAUUGUGGUUAUAAGAAUUACUUCCGAGAUGAACUUUGUGCGAGGGAAAAUGACUGUAAAGAAAUUUCUAGUGUCAAAGGUCGCCUUAAAUGUAACAUUCCGAAUGUUAAUGCCCUUUUUACGCAUAAAAAACGCAACUGCAGCGUAAACUUUAUCAUAAAAAUCUGUCGAUCACUAAACAAGUGAUAUAUCUCUGUUCAAGUAGUUAAGUUACAGUUUAUCAAAUAUCAUCAAUAUAAAAAUAUAUAAUCAAAAAAC